GCAGAAGAAGCUCCGAGAAAAUAAGAGCCGCUGAUUGGAAAAGUUUGAGCAGCACAAUUAAGCCAGUCAACCUGAAGAAGACUCUGGGGCUGUUUGCAAGGCUGGCUGUGCACAAGAUGGCUCCGACUAACGUCUUAAAUCAGUUCUCUUCAGAAGCUGGAGGCAGCUGUCCUCUGGAGUCAGAGCUUCGAGCAGUGCUGCAGCAAAGGAUCAUGGUGCUAGAUGGUGCAAUGGGAACCAUGAUCCAGCAGCACGAGCUCCAAGAAGAAGAUUUCAGGGGAAGCAAGUUUAAAGAGCACCCGCUGCCUCUGAAGGGUAACAACGACAUUCUGAGUAUCACACAGCCGGACAUCAUUUACAAAAUCCACAAGGAAUACCUGGAGGCUGGCGCUGACAUCAUCGAGACCAACACGUUCAGCAGCACCUCCAUCGCCCAGGCAGACUAUGGACUGGAACACAUGGCUUAUUGCCUCAACAAGGCAUCAGCAGAGCUGGCAAGGAAAGCAGCUGACGAUGUCGCCAAACGAACCGGGUGUAAACGCUAUGUGGCCGGGGCAGUGGGUCCCACCAAUAAAACCCUGUCUGUGUCACCGUCUGUGGAGAAACCGGACUUCAGGAACAUCACAUUUGAUGAGCUGGUAGAAGCCUAUGUAGAGCAGGUCCGAGGUUUAUUGGAUGGAGGAGCAGACAUCCUUCUGGUGGAGACUAUCUUUGACACUGCCAACGCCAAGGCUGCCUUGUUUGCCAUCGACCUACUAUUUGAAAAGAGCUAUGAAAGAAGGCCCAUAUUUAUCUCAGGGACGAUUGUUGACCGGAGUGGCCGAACUCUGUCCGGUCAGACAGGAGAGGCCUUCGUAGUGAGUGUGUCCCAUGCUAAACCACUAUGUAUUGGUCUGAACUGUGCGUUGGGGGCAACAGAAAUGAGGCCGUUCAUUGAGGCCAUAGGAAAAAGCACCACAUCCUUCAUUAUCUGUUAUCCCAAUGCAGGUCUUCCAAACACAUUCGGAGGGUAUGAUGAAACUCCACAAGUAACAGCCUCCAAUUUAAAGGAGUUUUCUAUGAGUGGACUGGUGAAUAUUGUGGGAGGCUGUUGUGGGACCACUCCAGCACACAUCAGAGCCAUAUCUGAAGCAGUACGACACUGCAAGCCACGGGUUCCUGCUGCUGAUGUUUACCAAAACUACUUGCUGCUCUCAGGUUUGGAGCCAUUCAGGAUCGGUCCAUACACCAACUUUGUAAACAUUGGUGAGCGCUGCAAUGUGGCCGGAUCACGCAAGUUUGCCAAGCUGAUCAUGGCUGGAAACUAUGAGGAGGCUCUGAGCAUUGCUAAGGCCCAGGUGGAGAUGGGAGCCCAGGUCCUGGAUAUAAACAUGGAUGAGGGGAUGCUGGAGGGCCCAACAGCCAUGGCCCGAUUUUGUAAUUUCAUCGCCUCUGAGCCAGAUGUCGCACGGGUUCCUCUCUGCAUCGACUCCUCUAAUUUCUCAGUGAUUGAGGCUGGGCUGAAGUGCUGCCAGGGGAAGUGUAUAGUGAACAGCAUCAGUCUGAAGGAGGGAGAGCCGGAGUUCCUGCUCAGAGCCGCCACCGUGAAGCGCUACGGUGCUGCUGUGGUGGUCAUGGCCUUCGAUGAGGAGGGACAGGCCACUGAUACAGACCGUAAGGUGGAGAUCUGCACUCGAGCCUACAACCUGCUGGUCAGCAAGGUGGGGUUUGACCCCAAUGACAUCAUCUUUGACCCCAACAUCCUGACUAUCGGUACAGGCAUGGAGGAGCACAACGACUACGCUGUACACUUCAUCAGAGCCACCAAGCUGAUCAAGGAAACUUUACCAAGAGCCAAGGUGAGUGGAGGUCUGUCCAACCUGUCCUUCUCCUUUCGAGGAAUGGAAGCCAUCAGAGAAGCUAUGCAUGGAGCAUUUCUCUACCACGCUAUCAAGGAUGGUAUGGAUAUGGGAAUAGUGAAUGCUGGAAACCUGCCGGUGUACGACGACAUCGAUAAGGAGCUGCUGUCACUGUGUGAAAACCUCAUCUGGAACAGAGAUGCUGAUGCUACUGAGAAGCUACUGGCCUAUGCACAGAACCAUGUGAAAGAGGGGAAGAAGGUUGUUCAGACAGACGAGUGGAGGGAAGGCAGUGUGGAGGAGAGGCUGGAGUAUGCUCUUAUCAAGGGAAUAGACAAGUAUGUGGUGGAGGAUGUGGAGGAAUGUCGGGCUCAGACUGACCGCUACGUUCGGCCUCUUCAUAUCAUCGAGGGGCCUCUGAUGAACGGCAUGAAGGUGGUGGGAGAUUUGUUUGGAGCUGGAAAGUUGUUCCUGCCUCAGGUGAUCAAAUCUGCUCGUGUCAUGAAGAAGGCAGUAGGUCAUUUGAUUCCUUUCAUGGAGAAGGAGAGGGAGGAGAUGAUGGCAUCAUCAUCAUCAUCAGCAGAUAUGGAGAUGGAUCCCUAUCAGGGCACCAUAGUUCUGGCCACGGUGAAGGGAGAUGUCCAUGACAUUGGCAAGAACAUUGUAGGUGUGGUGCUGGGUUGUAACAACUUCAGAGUGAUCGACCUGGGCGUGAUGGUUCCCUGUGAUCGGAUUCUCAGAGAGGCAGUCACACAGAAAGCAGAUAUUAUCGGUUUAUCGGGUCUCAUCACUCCCUCGCUAGAUGAGAUGAUCUAUGUGGCCAAAGAGAUGGAAAGACUGGGAAUGACAACACCACUGCUGAUUGGUGGAGCCACCACAUCAAAGACGCACACAGCAGUGAAGAUCGCUCCCCGCUACAGUUCACCUGCUAUCCAUGUUCUGGACGCCUCCAGGAGUGUCGUGGUGUGCUCACAGCUGCUGGAUGAGGCAGUGAUGGAGGAGUACUUCGAGGACCUGAAAGAGGAGUACGAGGAGAUCAGACAGGAGCACUACGACUCCCUGAAGGAUCGUCGGUAUCUGUCUCUGUCCCAGGCCAGAGAGAAGGCUUUCCAUGUAGACUGGCUGUCUCUGCCCAGACCAGUGCGUCCUCAGUUCCUGGGCACUCGUGUGUUUGAGUCUUAUGACCUGAACAGUCUGUUGGACUUCAUCGACUGGAAGCCUUUUUUUGAUGUGUGGCAGCUCAGAGGAAAAUACCCCAACAGAGGAUACCCCAAGAUCUUCAACGACAAGACUGUUGGUUCCGAGGCUCGCCGAGUGUUUGAUGAUGCCCAGCGGCUGCUCAACCAGAUUUUUGACAGUAGCAGUCUGAAGGGGAGGGGCCUCGUUGGCUUCUGGCGUGCUCAGAGUGCUGGUGAUGACAUUAAGGUGUACAAAGAUGAUGUGACGGUGUGCAGAGACACCAAACCCAUCGCCACAUUCCAUGGUUUACGGCAGCAGGCGGAGAAGGACAGCCACAGUUCAGAGCCCUACCUGUGUGUGUCAGACUUCAUUGCCCCAGUGGACAGUGAGGUGACAGACUACGUUGGUGUGUUUGCUGUGGGUGUGUUUGGAGCUGAGGAGCUGAGUCAGCAGUUCCAGGCUCAGGGAGACGACUACAACAGCAUCAUGGUCAAAGCUCUGGCUGACCGACUGGCUGAGGCGUUUGCUGAGGAGCUCCACGCUCGUGUACGUAAGGAGCUGUGGGGCUACAAUGCCGAAGAGGCUCUGCAGGCCUCAGACCUCCACAGAGUUCGAUACCAGGGCAUCAGACCUGCUGCCGGCUACCCCAGCCAGCCUGAUCACACAGAGAAGACCACCAUGUGGAACCUGGCUGGUAUACAGGAAAAGACUGGUAUUGGUCUGACAGAGUCUCUGGCCAUGACUCCUGCUGCCUCGGUGUCUGGACUUUACUUCUCUAACCCUCAGGCCUCUUACUUCGCAGUGGGGAAGAUCACCAAGGAGCAGGUGGAGGACUAUGCCAGGAGAAAAGAGACGAGUGUGGAGGAGGUGGAGAAAUGGCUGGCACCCAUCCUGGGUUAUGACAAUGAGGUAUAGGAUGCGACAGAGAAUCCGUUUACAGUCCGACCAUUCCACUGUCGCUCACAUCGGUUUUACUGUGGUGCUGAAACAGAAACCGCUGACAUCCCAGAGAAUAUUCUUUAUUCUUAUACAAACACUCAGCAUUUUACUUCACAUUUUUAACUGCACAUUUCAGAAUGAGUGCUAGACUGUUUUCUUUAGUUCUUUGUACUGACAAACUCACUAUGUUUGUACAAAUCCACUUUACGUAAUGAUACCAUGCUGUCUUCAGUUGAUUCCAUGUUUAUUAAUAGAGUAAUUCUAUCAGCUUUAGGAAUGGAGUGAAAAGGUCUGUCACCAGUCAGAUGGUGUCACUUUAUUCUCAUAUGUCUCCAGUAGUGCUGCAUAGUUUAGCUGAAAUGAUCAUUACCUAUGUCAGAUAUAUUGUCAAAUCAACAUCAGUAUAAUUACUGACUUUCAGUAAAAACUUCACUUGCUAGGACAACAUCAAGUUUCUCAUUUGGGUUGUUCUUCUCAAAUCAUCAAAUUUUCAGAACAGUUUCUGCUCAUCCAUCUCCAUCUUGAUAUGCCAUGAAGUUUUAUAUCAUAAACUAAUUUUUUUUUUUUUUUUUAAGAUAAUUGUGAUUUUUUUAAAGUUGAUAUAUCAAAUACUUUGCGAGACAAUUUUGGAUUAUAAAAACUGCCUGCCGACCCACUUUAAGCAAAUUUAUUCGCGCAUUAAUGUUUGAGGCUAAAUUAAAACCAAAAUAUCUCAGGAACUCAUUAAGACACCAACACCAAGUCCUCACAUGGAUCAGAAAGAAUGGAAGGCAUAUUGCAAGGUGUGCAAAACAUAUCACAAGGGAAUUCAAAAGUAUUGAAAGAUAACUAGGGAUGUCCGAUAAUAUCUUCCCACCGAAGUUAUCGGCCCGAUAUUGGAAUAAAAAUGUAACAUCGGUCAAUAUCGUUAUUGAUUAGUUUUUUUUUGCCUAUCAUGACAAACCGAUUAAAUAAGGCCUGGAUUUCGCCAGCAUUUACUGGACUCAUAGAGGGAGGAAGAGAGGGACAGUGUGAACUGUUGUUUCAGACAAUUAGAAAAAAAGUUCAUUUUUCCAUAACUAAAGUUGAAGUAGUUUUCUUAUUUUGCACAAUGUUUUCAUUUGGAAAGCCUUGUUGCAUUUGAGAAUGCAUCCAAUGGGGCCUCACAAUAAAAUUAGACAUGAUGUGUUAUUCCAUGACAGGAGAUAUGUGAUGUUACCUAAAAUUAGUUAAACAGCCCACAUAUAUCGGUUGAUACCGGAACUGGAAGUUGGGAGUUGGACAAUAUCAGCAUGAAAUGGCAAAACAAGCAAAUAUUGGACAUCCCUAAGGAUAGCGCAUUUAAAAUAAUUGUCACUAGAGGACACCAGACAGGUGUAAAAGCACCUUUAUAAUAAGUUCAAUUCAAUUCAAUUUUAUUUUAUUUAUAUAGUGCCAAUUACAGUCAAAUUGUCUCGAGACGCUUUACAGAACCCAUAUGCCUGACCCCCAGAGCAAGCCAAAAGGCAACAGUGGCAAGGAAAACACCCUUUUAACAGGGAAAAAAACCUCGAGCAGAACCCGGCUCUAAUGUGGGGGGACCCAUCUGCCUGCUGGCCGGGCGGGUUGAGAGGGACAGAAGAGGUAGAGAGGUAGAGAUAGAGGGGUAGAGGUAGAGAUAGAGGGAUACAGAUAGAGGGGUAGAGAUAGAGGGAAAGAGGUAGAGGGGAAGAGGUAGAGGUGUAGAGGUAGAGAUAGAGGGAUACAGAUAGAGGGAUAGAGGUAGAGGGGAAGAGGUAGAGGGAUAGAGAUAGAGGGGAAGAGGGUUACAGGUGAGUAAGUUAAUCAUUGUGUUUGUUUCUACUGAUAUUUUGGACAUAAUUUGGUCAAUAAUUGUUUCCUUCUACAGGCUCUUGAAGUACACUUUAGGCCUCCAGAUAUUUGAAACUACAACAAAUAAUUUAACUUUUUCCUGUAAAUUCUGCUUUCACAUGGAUGCAGUACUACCAGAGGAGCAGUUCAAUAUAUUACCUGCGAUUCUAAACAUCAUUUCACUCUACUCAGUCAGUAAACUGAAAUAGAACUUCAGAUAAAUAUUUAAAUUCUUGUUAAAUUGAAAAACUGUGUUGAAUCAGUUCAUACACUACCGUUCAAAAGUUUGGGGUCACUUAGAAAUGUCCUUGUUUUUGAAAGAAAAGUUUUUUUUUUUCAAUGAAGAUAACACUAAAAAAAAUCAUAAAUCCAGUGUUAAUAAAUCCACAUUGUUAAUGUGAUAAAUGACUAUUCUAGCUGGAAACAGCUGAUUUUUUAUGGAAUAUCUCCAUAGGGCUACAGAGGAACAUUUCCAGCAACCAUCACUCCUGUGUUCUAAUGCUACAUUGUGUUAGCUAAUGGUGUUGAAAGGCUAAUUGAUGAUUAGAAAACCCUUGUGCAGUUAUGUUAACACAUGAAUAAAAUUGUGAAACUGACUGGAUGACCCCAAACUUUUAAACAGUAGUGUGUAUAUAUAUGAUAUAUAUACCGCAUAUCUUAAAGUUUAUUUAUUUCAGCGUACAGAACUAGACACAAUUCAAACUUUAAAAGCUAUAGAGAGAUAUUAAAAUCAGCUGGAAGGCUGCGCCACCAUGUAAAACUGUUGCCGAAACAAUUUAGAAAAUAACCUGAUGAAAACGAAAAAGCUUUGAAUUUCUUGAGGUUGAUGUGUUUCAUAAAAACAAAGAUUAGAAGUGAUUUUUCCAUUUAAUUUGAUCGUAUAAUUUCCAGUGAUACAAUCAGAUGAGUAGUCCUAAGGUCCAGUCUUUAAAUGUUGAUGUUGGAACGCUGGAUUAACCCUUUGCAACUUGCCUGUUUUUCCUGCUCUCUAGUAAAGAGCCAGCUGUUCACACUGAGGUACAACUAUUUCUUGGUGACAUUUAGACUGUACCUUAUAUUCCCAGUGAUGUCCUACACAACAAGGUCCUGAAACAUCUCCAGAUGGGACAAGUGAAAAGGAUUUUUUUGUGCUGAAUGCCUGCUGAAAUGUUCCUAUCUUCUAAGCCCUGAUGCUGCAGAGACUGAUCUCACUUUGUAUGGAACUUGAUACUUGAAUGCUUUUUACUUUCUUUCAAGAAAAUGUAAAUUAAUGACGGUGGCAUUGGUGACACUGCAAAACUGUGUUCAGGCAUUAUGUUCUGUCUUUUUUCUGAGUUUAAAGUUGUUCUUCAGUCCUUAAUUAAAACAUUUUAAGAAUUUC